UCCCGGAAGUAAUUUGAAGGUCUUUUGCGAUGGUUGGAUUUUAGAUAACUGAAGCAAGCCUACAGUCGAUGUGAAAAUGGGUGUUAAAAUAGAGGUGUUUAGAAUGAUGCUGUAUCUAUCCUUUCCUGUGGCUAUGUUCUGGGUCUCAAAUCAAGCAGAGUACUUUGAAGAGUACAUAGUAAAGAGAAAGAGGGAGAUCUUCCCACCUGACGAGAAAAUGCAUAGGAAAGAGUUGGAAGACUUCAAAGAGCGGAUGCGUGUUCGGAAGGAACAGAGAAUAUUAAAAGAGAUUGCUGUGGAAACAGAGAACUGAGGAUUAUUUUUGGGAAAAAAGCACAUCCUCUCUGAGCACCAACAAAGGACUAUCAACGUCUUCAUGAGCAGAAGAAAACCAAAUGGACUGGUCGGAAAUUUGUGCAUUUAAAAUCUCUAAGAAGUUAGCACAUCCCAAAGUUGUGCUGGGCACUUUCCAGGGAUUCAUUUUGCCAAUUGAUAUGUGUAUUAUUUUGUUGAAUUGAAUGUGUGACUUUUUCACAAGAGACAUUUCAAAUAUAUUAUGUUUGAGCUGUUGUCAUUGCUGUGUCAUAAGAUAAUUACUGAGUUAUACUGUAUAUGCAGGAUAAUUUAUUGUAAAUAUCCUAAUCUAAUGUAUUUUGUGAGGUGCAUUGCCUACAAAGUGCAAUUACAUCCUUGGAUUUUCUGUCAUGUGAAGUGUUUUACAACAUAGUAUCAUUUUGGAUAUAGGCUUUUUUGAGCCUGGACAAGAGAAAUAUGCCUUAAUACCAAUGUGUAAAACAAAGUCAUAAACUGAUUUGAAGCAAGCUCAAAUGUAGGCUCACAGAGGCUCAUGUGUUAGCAGUUAUUGCCUUUAGGCCAUGUUAUACACCUGGGUAGCUCUAUCUUUUAAUUCAAGUUGUUUUAUUAGUAAAUGCAUUUUCCUAAAGUCCCAGUUAAUUUAACAGACUACAGCACGUUUAUCACGUGAUAUAUGUGUAUAUUUUUUGCAGUCAUUUCAAGGUCCACCUUCACAAGUCUGGUUCCUGUUGCAGAUGAGCAUUUGCACAAUUAAACUAUGUCUUAUAAUGUC